UUCAGUUGUUGCUUGUUGGUUGCUUGCUUCGUUUGGAUUGUUGGUGUUCGCUGUUUACCAAUUGUUGACGUUUCUCGUUGCUGUUGGCUUGUAGGGGAAGAAAAGUGUACGAGUUUUGCUUAAUUAGCGUUACCAGACAAUUUCUUUUCAUCUACUUGUGUCGAAGAAAAUUUUCCUUUAUGUACUGGGCUUAAACUGUGGUAACACAGAACUCGGAAGAGCAGGGCAAAAUAAAAUUUUCUUAAUUAAUUUCAAUGAAGUGAUGUGGAAAACAAUACGAUCGUGGUAUAUAUGACAUACAGUUGUUUUGUGUGAUUUUUAACUUUUGUCAAAGAAAGAAUACCGUGCAAAUAUAAUUACAUGAUUCUAUGAGCGUGAAGUAGAACAGAUUUGCUGAAAAAUCGCACACAAGAGAAAAUGAGAGUAUAAGACAUAUGCCGAAAAUUCAGCUGUUUAAUGUUUCUCUUUUACUUUUCUUGUUGAAGAAAUUAUAAAAUAACCAUACGAAGGUUCAAAAUAGUAAAAAUAUUGAAUAAAGUGCUAAUAUUUACGUUGUACAAUAUAUAAACGAUAGUGCCUUAGCUCUUAAUUAUUUUCUAUACAAAUAUAAGUUUUUUAUUCAGAUAACUUUAUGAAACAAGUAGUUAAUGUGGAUGUGAUAGUUAAACUACUCCAAUAUAAAGUGUUCUGCGUUCGCUUGCAUUAAAAAAUUUGAAAAUAGUUGCUGAUUAAUCAUCAAUCUCAUUUAUAUUUCGCGCGUUAAUUUGUAGCGAAUGAAUUGUAUAAAUACAAAAACUCAACUUGACACACAUCAGUAAAGCUUUUGUUGGAACAAUUGGCAUCGACAAGCACAAAUAUCUGUACUUUCAAUAUGGCUUCAAAUGGAUCAUUUUCAAAAAAUAGCGAUCAAAUUGUUGAACCUGCGGGCAGUUCAUCAACAACAUCGCCGCGUACCAGCACAUCUCGAGCGCCACAUCAGCAUCUACCGAGUGUUUUACCCGAUGAGGGCACAUAUCUGAAACCGAAUGCGAAACAAGCAUACUUCAGCGAUGAAAAGGUGCUCAUACCACAAAAUGAUGAGACUGGCUUUAGCUUUCGCAAAUUAUGGGCAUUCACUGGUCCUGGGUUUCUCAUGUCCAUAGCAUACUUGGAUCCGGGCAACAUAGAAUCAGAUUUACAAAGCGGAGCGGCAGCAAAGUAUAAAAUCUUAUGGGUACUUUUAUGGGCCACGGUUUUGGGUUUACUGAUGCAACGUCUGGCGGCGAGGUUGGGUGUUGUGACGGGUCUACAUUUGGCCGAGAUGUGCUAUCGCCAAUACAGAAAGCUGCCGCGCAUCAUUCUUUGGAUAAUGAUUGAGAUUGCAAUUAUCGGCUCGGACAUGCAGGAAGUGAUUGGCACAGCGAUUGCGAUAUAUUUAUUGUCAAAUAAAAUCGUGCCGCUGUGGGGUGGAGUGCUGAUAACAAUUAUCGAUACGUUCACAUUUUUAUUUCUAGAUAAAUAUGGUUUGAGGAAACUGGAGUUCUUCUUUGGCUUCUUAAUCACUGUAAUGGCGGUUACUUUCGGCUAUGAGUACGUUGUCUCAGCGCCUAACCAGGGUGAAGUGAUGGAAGGAAUGUUCCUGCCGUGGUGUAAGGAUUGUGAUGCAAAUGUUCUACUGCAGGCUGUAGGCAUAGUUGGUGCUGUGAUAAUGCCCCACAAUUUGUAUCUUCAUUCCGCUUUAGUCAAAUCACGUGAUAUCGAUCGUCGUCAACCGAAGAGAGUUAGCGAGGCAAAUUUCUAUUUCUUCAUUGAAGCGUCGGUGGCGCUAUUUGUGUCAUUCAUUAUAAAUCUAUUCGUCGUAGCUGUCUUCGCACACGGCAUGUUCGGUAAAACAAAUCAAGAUGUGUUGGAUGUCUGCGUGAAUCAAACAAUGUACGAAGACGCAAAAGCGUCAUUUACGGAUUCGCACAACAACACCGAUCUCAUCGAUGCCGAUCUUUAUAAGGGAGGUCUAUAUUUGGGUUGCACAUUCGGUGCAGCGGCUAUGUACAUUUGGGGUGUUGGCAUUUUGGCAGCUGGUCAGAGCUCCACCAUGACUGGCACAUAUGCGGGACAAUUUUCAAUGGAAGGCUUUCUGAAUUUGCAAUGGCCACGCUGGCGCCGUGUGCUCUUCACGCGUUUAAUCGCCAUCAUACCCACAUUCUGCUUGGCCUUCUUCACACGCAUGGAAGAUUUAACUCAUUUGAAUGAUAUUUUGAACGCAGUGAUGUCGUUGCAGUUGCCUUUUGCCGCCAUACCUACGAUAGCAUUCACAUCGUGUGUGGCUAUAAUGGGUGAAUUCGUAAAUGGCCUUGCGAACAAGGUUAUAUCCAUAAUGUUAACCAUAGUGGUAAUAACGGUAAACAUCUACUUCGUUGUUGUGCAAGUGCAGACGGCGUCUUUGGAAAAUGGUUUAUUAGCAUUAGUUUGUAUAGGAGCCAUUUUAUAUUUGCUAUUCAACUUGUACCUUGUGAUACACAUGAUUGCGUGCAUGGGCAAUCAAAGAUUUGUCAAUAAUAGGUGGGUCCAGAAGUUCGUACUCCCCAGUCAGAAUAGUUUUACGAUAAAGAACGCCAAUUCAACGUACGCAAGUACUGAUGACACGCACGUACUCACUGAAUAUUCACCACACGCAUAUGUAUGUAAAUUUUGAAAAUAAAAAACCAAAACAAAACCAAAAAACAACGACUUCGAUAUUUGUGAUGACACUUAAAAUGCGUUGGACAGCGAACCCGCCGGUGGCCUAAGUCUGCACCCUCUCUAAUAAAAUACACACACACCUGCAUACAUACGCAUACAUUUUUGCUGACACUGAAGAAAGUAAACUGUAACAAAAAUUGGCUAUUUUGCGAAAAUUGUGGGGAAAUUAACAAAAAAUUUAGAACGCUGAAAAUUUAAAUGUGCUCAGAGAUACGUAAAAAACCCAAGACUCCAUUUAGUUAAAUAAACAUAUGUACAUAUUUUUGUUUUGGCUAAUUAAAUAAAUUUCGCCUCUGCUGCCUGUCUGCGUGCUGGAUGUCGCUGCUGCUGUCAUCGCUAACAACAACUAUGUGCAAUUUCGCUGCUAACAACAAAAAUCAACAACAACCACUACCACCUCAACAACUACAAUAUAAUCGUCUCUAACAUCAACAAAUCCACAAAUCAUAAUAAUUAUCCAUAUAUUUAAUGCAAAACUAUUGGGCGCUCAACUGCGCGCCUGUGUCUGCAUGUAUUCUUGUGCUAAAAUAAUAAUUAUAUGGAUACUGGCGUCCAAUGCGCGUCGUCCAUUUGGCGUCCCACAUUUGUCUGCCUUUCAACGACUCACAUAAAUCGCGCCAACAUAUGUACAUGUGUCUGUACGUUAAUGAUAACACGGCGGCGCCUUCGCCUGUCAACGACACAUGUUGCUGCCUUCACCAAACGCCUUUGAUCUUUGCUCGUUAUGCCAAAAUGUGCGCAUACGUGUGUCUAAUAAUGUUGACCAUGUUGGUGUCAUCGUAUUGUUGUUGGCGAUAUUUAUGGACGCGCUUGAACAACUCAUUUUUGCACCAUAUUUCCAAUUUACUUCUGUGUGGCAUUUUAUGCGGCGUAGUGAGCUGACGUUAUACGAUAAUAGUGUCUCGAUAUGUUCCAUCUCGUCGAAAACUCAUUGAACUAAUCAUAAGGAAAACUGCCGCCGAUGCAACGUUGCAGCGCACAAUUUUUGAAUCGCUCAAAUGAUUUUGCUAUAAAUCCCAAAUAUGUAUAAAUAUUUAAAAGGUUUAGGAUUUAUUUUUUUAUAAGUAAAACUGAGAAGAAACAGCAGAAGCGUGCGCAAGUUACUUAUUUAUGGCAUUAUGUAAUGUUAUGUAAGAACCAAGAGCUUAUGUACGUAUGUAUGUAAUUGUAAAUAAUAAAAUUUUAUUUGAAAAUAUUUAUUUUAUAUUAUUUGCUAUAAUUCAUAUCACAAACGCUUGCACUUAUUUAUUUAUUGAAACUUAUUGCUUAAAAUUAAAUAUUUUUAAAAUAUGUAAAUUUUUACAAAAAAUUUCAACUAUUUUUGCGUUCUUGCCAGCGGACAUAAGUACAUAUUUAUGAGUUUUUGAACUAUACGAAUUUUCCGACUUCAAAAAUAUUCGCCAGCAUUGUUGUUGUUGCAACGCUUUUUUUGUUGUUCAGCUGUAUGUUUACUACUUAGCAUUGUAAAAAGCAAAAACUUUAUGCGCUGUAAUUAUAAAGUAUUUAUUUAAUUAAAUAAAUUAUUAUUUGUGUAAGUAAAAUGCCUCUCUGUAGUUAAUAAGCACCUUUUAUUUAUAAUUGUAGUUACAUACAUUUAGCAAAACAAAAAA